AUGAAUAAUCGCUUGAAAGAAUUGAGGAAAAAAGCACAAGGCCGAGCCGAUGAUCUAGACGACAUUGCUCUCCAAGAGAAGUACGAAUUUGGUGAUUUAGAGCAUGCUGAAGGUGGUUACGCAGGUGGCAGACUGAUUCCAAAGGAAAGUGAGUUCGUUUCCGACUUUUUGAAUCAAGUAACCGAGAUCAAAAUCCGUAUAAACAAAAUCGAUGAGAACGCCACGCUCAUGGAAAAGACAUAUAAUAGCAUCAUUGCAGAGGUGAAAAAGGAAUCAAACACAAAGGCGUUCAAACAAAAAGUUACGGCAAUUGCUGAUGACAUUGAUGCAGAUAUGAGGUUUGUUAAGCAAAAUUUAGAGGAAAUGGCUCAAACCAACAAGAAACUCGAAGAAUUUUCAGCCGAGAGAAGAAUGAGAGAAAAUCAACAAGCAUCUCUUACACAAAGCUUUUUUUCAGUGGUUCAAAGAUACAAUGGCAUUCAAGCAGCUUGCAAAGCCAGAUACAAAGACGAUCUUUUGAGAAAUUUGCGUAACAUUUAUUCUGAAGAAGAAAAAUCAGACGAAGAACUGAACGAGAUGAUCGAAACUGGGCAAAUUCAAGAAGGAAAUCUCUAUGGAAAGUAUUUACUCAAAAAUUCUGCACAAAACACCAUCAAGGCAACCUAUUCCGAAAUUAAGGAAACUCAUGAAGACCUUAAACGACUGGAAUUGUCCAUGAACGAGUUACAAGACAUGUUUCGUGACCUGCAUACUCUAAUAUUGAUGCAACAAGAUCUUAUUGACAAUAUUGAAGACAACGUAUUGAGAAGCAUUGAUUACACAGAGAAGGGAGUUCAAAACAUCAAGACAGCCAAGAAAAUCGGGGACAAGACAAGAAAUGCUAAAUGUGUACUGUUAGUGAUUGUGGUGGUGAUUGCUAUUGUGGUCAUUCUCAUAGCCGCUGGUGUCAUUGCCAUUGCCGUUCCACUUGGUGUGUUAAAGAAAUAA